AUGGAGAUGAAACAAGACCCGACAGAUCGUCACGGAUCUGAGUCUACAGGGAGAUUCAACGACAUUACCGGCGCUACUCCGAAAGAGAAACUUCAGAAUGCCUAUGCUCGAUUGCGCGCAUCAAGCAAUGCUGCGUCGACCCCAAUUGCAGUAGAUAGCGUGACGCCGUCAUCUGCUGGAGAUAUCGAACCUGUUUUGCCGGUAUCUAUGCCCCAGACAACAUUACCUCUAAGCACCCGGACACAUGAGAACCCCGCAGACCUCGCUGCACCAAUUGGGGAGCACGAAGAUGUUGCAGAUGUUGUUGUAGUCUCGCCAGCCCUGCUGUUCUCCGAACAAGCGGGUGUACAGACUAUUCAACCCAGCGCUAUAUUUGAAAAGACUGAACAUAUUCUCCCGGGUUCAUUUCGACUUGGUCCUUCUGAGUUUGCUGUCACCAUGCCGAUGGACUCCGUAGGGAAGGACAACUAUGAAAGAGCGCUUGCUGAGCACUCGGAUUCUGUCAAACUUCUUCUCUCUGGGUUCCAGUCGGCGGAUGGGAAUGUUCUUCCUAUGAGUGAGCAGGCUCAACGUAUCGCCGACAUUCGACAUCUUAUCGAAAAGCUUGACAACAUUGCCGUUCACACUGAUCUGAACAUAGCCGAGCAUGUGAAACGGUCUCAAUUAGAUGUUAGCAAGGAAGCUUCGUGGGCCGAAUAUACCAGUGCCAAGUUCCUAUUUCUAGGUCAAUUGAUAGAGAUCGCAGGAGCACAAGAGCUACACAUCCUGCUUAUAGUGGGCAAGAAGGAAACUGCAGAGCUAGUUGAGCGCUACUUUACAGGCAAAGGCUUCGCUCCUGUCCGGCCACGCGCUGAAAUGCGUGGACAUGUUGAGCUCUCUUUGGUCAAUGGACUGCUUAGCGUGGGUAUCUUAUCUACGCAGCAUGAUGGCACUGUGGAGACCUAUCGACCACCAGCAGUCAUCUUCGCACUUGACUCGUCAUUCAAUGCGUCAAACCCUGUUAUUGAGCAUCUCAGAACUACAUACGCGCGUAAUGGGAAUUUGCUUCCUGUUGUGCACUUGAUUAUAGCAAAUUCUAGUGAGCACAUCCAGCGAUGUCUACCCGAUCUUCCAGAGGUCCAAAGAUUAAGGCUACUCGUUCAUAUUGUGAAGAGCCUUGUGGAUAUGCUCGGUGAUCUGCAAGAUAACGCCUUGGGUGUGCAAGAUGAUGCCGAUGAAAUCUUCACUUGUCUCAUGUCGGAUGAUUUUAACGCCAAUUGGACUCUUCCUGCAAUUGAGCCGCUCCAUAUACUUGUGUCGAAUGGGCAGCAGAGCGAAGACCCUCUCGGUACGCAAGUCAUGCACCCAACAGUUGUUGAAUCAUCCGUCAAUAAACGCAUAUUUGAAACUCUGGAUGCCGACACACCUGAAUCAAAGAGACAGCGUAUUCAUUCAUCGCAGGAACUUACCCAGAUAACGACUCAAUCCUCUGCACCGACGAGCCAAACCUUGGAUUUGACCGCAAGAUUACAGGCCUUGGAGGCUCGCCUGGUUGAAAUGAAGGCUAACCAUGCCGCGGAAGUUGAGCGAUUGCAAACGACGAUUUCUGAUUACGAGGCUCGAUCCACCGAGCGUAUCAAAGGAUGGGAGGAUUUACAGCAUCGAUAUGAGGCUCGUAAUAAGGAGUUGCAUCAAAUACGAAAAGAGCGAGAUAGCCUGCAGGCAGAGAAAGCAAAGGCUGAACAAAAAGCCAUCAGACAACAAGAGGAGAUCACAAAGCUCAAAGAUGAGCGAACUCAACUGAAACACGAUCUACAAACAGCGAGGGAUGAUCUCAAAGCCGAAGGUGGAUUGAAAGAACAACUUGAAGUUCUACAAGAGCAGAAUCGCAAACUGAGCGACGACAACGCCGAUCUCACAAAAAAGAAGGAGUACGAAAAGAAACAAGCUGAAUAUAUCCGUGAAAAAUACCAGGAUGCAUCCCACUCUGCUGCAGGACUGGGCGUUGAGAAUGCAUCACUCAAGAAGGAGAUUGAGAACUAUCAACGACUGCUCGAAGCUGAGGUGACCAAGUUGAGCGAACUCAAAAGGCAGAAUGACGAAUCCAAACACUUGGCUCGCGUGAAGGAACUCGAGCAAACUCUGGAAGCCCGGGAGACUCUUCUCCGGAAGAAGGAGGAAGAACUACGAAACAUUCGCAACAACCGUCCAGCGACACGAGCAACCAGUACACAACCUCGAAGCCCAAAGUCUUGGGGGAAUAAUGGCAGUCGCCCGACUAGUCCUGGAGUCAACAAUGGAGUGGGGAAUCGUAGCAGUGGGCUUCGAUUCAGCUCUGAGUUACUUUAA